AGCGUCGCAAGUGGCCAUGGCCCGGGCGCUGGCAGGUCUGGCCGCGGGCUUGCAGGUCCCCCGGGCCGUCCCCAGCCCGGACUCGGAUUCGGACACAGACUCAGAGGAUCCGAGUCCCCGGCGCAACGCGGGUGGCCUGCUCCGAUCGCAGGUCAUCCACAGUGGACACUUCAUGGUAUCAUCACCGCACAGCGACUCGCUGACCCGGCGGCGCGACCAGGAAGGGCCUGUAGGGGUUUCCGACUUCGGGCCACGCAGCAUCGACCCCACUCUCACCCGGCUCUUCGAGUGCUUGAGCCUGGCCUACAGUGGGAAGCUGGUCUCCCCCAAGUGGAAGAACUUCAAAGGCCUCAAGUUACUCUGCAGAGACAAGAUCCGUCUGAACAACGCCAUUUGGAGAGCCUGGUACCUGCAGUGUGAGUGGGUCUUGCCCCAGCCAGAGGAUCCCGUGUGGGGGAGCGGGGCUGGAGGGGUCAAAGUCAGGGCCAGGGCCAGCAGAAUAUUGCUGACCUUAUAGGGAGACCAGGCACCCAGCACUAGGACCCCUGAAUGGCUUCUGAGCUUCCAGAGGGUCUUGGGGAGAAGACGCCACCCUGGGAAGUACUAAGGUGCUUAGUGCUUAGUGCUGAGGGAUCAGCUCAAGAUCCAUUGUGCAUUCCGAAUGCCAUAAUGAGGGGAUUUUGAACACCAUCUGAGCUGGGCGCCAGUGGCUCAUGCCUGUAAUCCCAGCUACUCAGGAAGUGAUCAGAGGGAUCAUGGUUCAAAG